AUCGAUACUGGCAUAAUGUUAUCUACGUACUGAACAUCGUGAAUGACGGCAUAUCGCUUUGUGAAAAGAUUCGAUACAUUGGCGACUUCACUUGCAUUGAUAAAUUGGAUUAUCUUGGCUGUCCUUCGAUGUUAGUAAUAGUGCAUUAGUAGCUUUGGAAGUGCAUUCAUUGGCAGUGAUUCCUAACUUUUAUUAUACUGUGAGAUACUUGUGUGAGCUUGAGUGCAAGUGGAAGAUGAUGAUUCUAAAUUUAGUCUAUUGACAAUCACUAGUCGAUGUUAUCAACUGUCUCAUUGCUGUCAAGUUCAGAUGUAUAAAGCUUUCCAAGUAAUAAUUCAAUUUUUAUAAAAUUUCCUGGGACCCACAGCACAGUGAGAAAGAAAAGUGACCGAAAUAAAUGUAAAUUCAUCACAGCAUCGUUGCUCAGAGACUAUCCAAACCUUGCGUGUUAUUAAUUUGAUUAGAGUGAUAAAAAAGAGUAGUAGCAGACACUGCGAAAUGCGUCGCGACGAAACCUACAGGCGUAUCACGCGAGAGAAGGUUGUGGUUCGGGGAAAUACGACCAUCAGGACCCUGGACUCCACCGUAUCGUUUUUGCCCAUCGUUGAAUCCUCACAACCUUCCACGUCCAGUUUUCAGCAUAUGGCCCGGAUGAUGGACACGCUGAUACUGGAUAAUUUAGCGCCAUUCGCGUUCACCAAAAUUACCACCACCCAUCGGCCGUCAAGGAUAUCUGCCUCCAACGGUGGCGGGCCUGGUGGUGCCCCGAUGGGUGUCGAAAGUGGAACACGAGUGGUGGGAGGAGGCGGUGGUGGAGGAGUCGGAGGUGUUCCGGUAAUUGGUGGAGGUGUCAGGAAGGCGACCAGCACAUCUAACGUGGCAGCCAGUGGAAUCGGUGGCGGCAGCUCAAUACGUGUCAACCUGCAGAAGAAUAAAAUUCCAACACAAGGUCAGCAUACAGAUUAUGCUUCUCCUACAUCGGGCUUACAGGAAGUACACCCGAACCCUCGACAUGCCGCCAUGGCUUCCAAUGCCGCUUCUCCUCCAACGGCAACUGACUCCCGCUGGAUAUCCUCGCUGCGCCGUAGAGACCCAGAGCUCCAACCAACACUGCCUUCAAUCAAUAACUCAAAUCACCACAGUACCUCAUCGCUUACGCACCAGCACAGUGUCGGUUACACAAGUUCCUCAAAUACCCCCACGGAACGAAGAAGUAGCAGGAACAGUGGUCAGAAAUCUUCGCUGCGUAAAAGUCGAUCUGUCGAAAGAAUUCGUGCUCGAAAACUGGCCACCUCCAAGAUCAAGGAACGACCGAAGAAGUCGUCCUCGGAGGAAGGGGGAGGUUCUGACGACCAAGAGGCCACUUCGGUUGAAGAAAACUCCCCUCAGCAACAGAACUCACCGGUGAAACGGAUCGAAAAGUCCAAGAUCUUCUCUCCCAUAGGAUAUGAAGCUCACCUGGUGGACACGUUGGAAAAGGACAUGCUACAGAAAAAUCCAAAUGUACAGUGGAACGACGUAGCCGGAUUGAACGAAGCGAAAGCCAUUCUCCAGGAAGCAGUUGUGCUUCCGGUUAUUCUACCAGAUUUCUUCCGCGGAAUUCGACGACCCUGGAAGGGUGUUCUGAUGGUUGGACCACCUGGCACAGGGAAAACCAUGCUGGCCAAGGCCGUUGCUACAGAGUGCGGUACAACGUUCUUCAAUGUGUCUUCGAGCACCUUAACAUCGAAGUACCGAGGAGAAAGUGAAAAACUGGUGCGACUGUUGUUCGAAAUGGCACGAUACUAUGCUCCGAGCACGAUUUUUAUUGAUGAAAUUGAUUCGUUGUGUGCCUGUCGGGGAAGUGACUCAGAACACGAAGCCAGCAGGCGGUUUAAAGCGGAAUUGCUCAUACAAAUGGAUGGAUUGAACGCUGCAAGUUACAGCGAUGAAAAAAUAAUCAUGGUUUUAGCGGCGACCAAUCAUCCGUGGGAUAUUGAUGAAGCUUUCAGGAGGCGAUUCGAGAAGCGUGUCUACAUCGGUCUUCCCAACGACAACACCAGAAAGGCACUGUUGGAACUCUGUCUAAAGGGGGUCAAUAUGUCACCCGAUUUGGAAACCGAUACAAUUGCAGAUCAGCUCAGAGGCUAUACGGGAUCCGACAUUGCUAAUGUUUGCCGCGAUGCCGCCAUGAUGGCAAUGAGGAGGCACAUCAAUGGUCUGACACCGUCGGAAAUAAAAAUGAUUCGAAGGGAAGAGGUGGACUUGCCGGUUACGGCACAGGACUUCCAGGACGCGAUGGUCAAAACGCGCAAAUCAGUGUCAGCAAAUGAUGUGGCCCGUUACGAGACGUGGAUGGAUGAAUACGGAUCAUGCUAGUGUUACGUUUAAGCUCAAAGAGAACUCUAUUGUGUCAUUCCUUGUGCGAUAGACUCUGCUCUCCUGACCCAUUACGCAAUGCACACCUCCUAUUAAAAGCGCCCAACUCACUUGCUUACCCUACCGUUGUAUUAUCUAUCAUCUGUUGUGUUCAUUCAAGACCCGACAUAAUCAUUUGGAUCAAUAUUACAAUAUGUACCAGUAACAAUGUUAACAUUAAAUGAUUGUUUGAAAAAAUGUUAGUCAUUUGCAUUCGGUUAAAUCAUAUAAGUGUUUUACUAUAAGUUGUUUUUGAUCUCAACAAGUAAUAGAAAUAUUCAUCAUAAGAAACAAAACAAAUACCUAUGUAUUGUUUCCUUAAGUCAAAUAGAUAAACAAAUCUA